UCCCAGCUCAGCAAAACAAAAAUUCCAAAUACCAAAUACCAAACCUUUUUCCUUUCUUUGUUCCCCUCCGUCUCCGCCGUUCAAUCUGCUACCUCUCUUUCCUUUUUCUAAAAGCCCGCAUUUCCCUUUUUACACUCUCCAAAAUUCUCCUAUAUCCCCAACUUUAAGAAAACCCUAAACCUUUUAAGGAAAAAGAAAGAGAAUUUCCAGUUUCUGAGCCAUUCAUUCCUUGAACUUCUUCUACUGUGUGUAUUUCUUUGUUCUUAACACAAUGAAAUUGAAGAAACUCCAAUUUGGUGGUUCUGUGCGUUUGUUAGUACUGUUGUUGUACGUUGUAUCAUCUGUAUACUCUCAGGAGGGUAGUGCUGCAAACGACGCUGCAGUGAUGCAAGAAUUGAAGAAACGAAUCAACCCGCCGAGUUCACUCGGUUGGAAUGACCCGGACCCGUGUAAAUGGGGGAAAGUUCAGUGUACUAAGGAUGGUCGUGUGACUAGGAUCCAAAUCGGAAAUCAAGGUUUGAAAGGUUCUCUCCCACCAAACUUGAAUAACCUUACUGAAUUGCUAGUAUUUGAAGUUCAAAAUAAUGGACUCACUGGGUCACUCCCGAGCUUUUCCGGGUUGGAUUCGUUACAGAGCCUUCUUCUAAACAACAAUGGGUUCACUUCAAUUCCUACCGAUUUUUUCGACGGGUUGACUUCUUUGCAAAGUGUUUACUUGGAUAAAAAUCAGUUUUCGCCAUGGUCAAUACCGGAAAGUCUGAAAAGUGCUACGUCUAUUCAGACUUUCUCUGCCGUUUCUGCUAAUAUUACUGGUACAAUCCCUGAUUUUUUUGAUGCAUUUGCUAGCUUAACAAACUUGCAUUUAUCGUUUAAUAAUUUGGAGGGAUCUCUGCCCUCAAGCUUUUCGGGCUCUCAGAUACAGUCGUUGUGGUUAAAUGGUCUAAAGGGUAGGUUGAAUGGCUCGAUCGCUGUGAUACAAAACAUGACUCAAUUAACCGAACUCUGGUUGCAAGGCAAUGCGUUUUCAGGCCCUUUGCCUGAUUUUUCGGGCCUUAGUCAGUUGCAAAACUGUAGUUUGAGAGAUAAUAGCCUCACUGGUCCAGUGCCAAACUCUUUGGUUAAUCUUCCUUCGUUAAAAGUGGUUGUAUUGACAAACAACUUUCUUCAAGGGCCUACGCCAAAAUUUCCAUCUUCAGUGCAAGUGGAUAUGUUGGCUGAUACCAAUAGUUUUUGUUUGUCACAGCCGGGUGUUCCUUGUGACUCACGGGUUAAUACACUGUUGGCUGUGGCUAAAGAUGUGGGGUACCCUAGGGAGUUUGCUGAGAAUUGGAAGGGGAAUGAUCCGUGUUCCCCUUGGAUGGGCAUUACUUGUGAUGGUGGCAACAUUACAGUGCUGAAUUUUCAGAAGAUGGGACUUACCGGGACAAUCUCUCCCAACUACUCCUCCAUCACAUCAUUACAGAAGUUGAUCCUAGCAAACAAUAAUCUUAUAGGAACUAUUCCAAAUGAGCUUGCGCUAUUGCCUAACUUGAGGGAAUUGGAUGUUUCUAAUAAUCAACUUUAUGGAAAAAUCCCACCAUUUAAGAGCAAUGUUCUUUUGAAAACUCAAGGCAAUGUCAAUAUUGGGAAAGAUAAUCCACCUCCACCUGCACCUGGAACACCUUCGGGGAGCACUCCUGGUUCAUCUGAUGGGAGCGGAGGUGGACAAACUCAUGCAAAUAGUGGUAAAAAGUCUUCAACUGGGGUUGUUGUGGGCUCAGUGAUCGGUGGUGUUUGUGCUGCCGUUGUGCUUGCUGGGCUGUUUGUCUUUUGCCUUUACAGGACUAAACGCAAGCGGUCAGGUAGAGUUCAGAGUCCACACACAGUGGUUAUUCAUCCUCAUCAUUCAGGAUCUGACCAAGAUGCUGUUAAGAUCACGAUUGCUGGUUCAAGUGUCAAUGGAGGGGAUAGUUGUGGAAGCAGCAGCGCACCUGGGGACUUACACAUUGUUGAGGCUGGUAACAUGGUGAUUUCCAUUCAAGUUUUGAGGGAUGUAACUAACAACUUCAGCGAAGUGAAUAUAUUGGGGAGAGGUGGAUUUGGAACUGUGUACAAGGGGGAGUUGCAUGAUGGAACUAAAAUGGCUGUUAAGAGGAUGGAAUCUGGAGUUAUGAGUGAGAAGGGUUUGGACGAGUUCAAGUCUGAGAUUGCAGUACUUACUAAGGUUCGCCAUAGGCAUUUGGUUACACUGCUAGGAUAUUGCUUGGAUGGAAAUGAGAGGCUGCUUGUAUAUGAGUAUAUGCCACAAGGGACACUCAGCAGGUAUCUUUUCAACUGGAAGGAAGAAGGGUUAAAACCCCUCGAAUGGACAAGGAGACUAACCAUAGCAUUAGAUGUUGCAAGGGGUGUUGAGUAUCUUCACGGUUUAGCUCAACAGAGCUUCAUUCAUAGAGAUCUGAAGCCAUCAAACAUUCUCUUGGGAGAUGAUAUGAGGGCAAAAGUAGCAGAUUUUGGACUUGUUCGCCUUGCUCCUGAUGGAAAAGCUUCCGUUGUUACAAGGUUAGCUGGAACUUUUGGCUAUCUUGCACCAGAGUAUGCAGUUACGGGCAGAGUAACCACGAAGAUUGAUGUGUUUAGCUUUGGUGUAAUUCUGAUGGAGCUAAUUACCGGAAGAAAAGCUCUUGAUGAAUCACAGCCUGAGGAAAGCAUGCAUCUUGUCCCAUGGUUCCGCAGAAUGCAUAUUAAUAAAGAGACAUUCCGAAAGGCCAUUGACCCCACAGUCGAUCUUGAUGAAGAAACUCUGUCCAGUGUCAGCACUGUUGCUGAGUUGGCUGGUCACUGCUGCGCUAGGGAACCCCAUCAAAGACCAGACAUGGGUCAUGCGGUUAACGUGCUUUCAUCUCUAGCUGAGCUCUGGAAACCAGCAGAGGUUGACGAAGAUGAAAUAUAUGGAAUCGAUUAUGACAUGUCCCUACCCCAAGCAGUUAAGAAGUGGCAGGCUCUCGAGGGAAUGAGUGGCAUUGACGGCUCUUCUUCAUACCUAGCCAGCAGUGACAAUACACAAACAAGCAUACCCACCCGUCCAUCUGGAUUUGCUGAUUCAUUUACGUCAGCAGACGGACGAUAAUUUGAUCUUUUGGCCUAAUGUUUCCCUUUAGUGGUUUGGUUUGUUCAGUAAUUGUACUAAUCCAUUGUAUCUAUCUUCACCUUCUUUUUUUCCCCUUCUUGGUUCUGCAGGGUUUUGUUAAGAUCCCAGUGACAAUAUGCAGUUACUUUCAUCUGAUUCUUCUUAAACUUUUACCAUCCUGUUCCUUCUUU